UUGACAACACACUCUCGCCUGAGGUGCCGGAGACAAGCGGACGUUCCACCGCCUUUCGUCCCUUCUGAAAACCUCAUUUUGCCGCCUCUCCUUGAAGAACAAGGGGAUAGAGGGGAGUCAUAUCGCUUCUCUCUUCUCGUCGAAGGGAUCGUUCCAAGAAUUGAGCUUAAAGAGAAGGAGGAAGAAGGUGCAAUAUGGGCGGCGGUGACAAGUAUUCGGUCUUGCUUCCCACUUAUAAUGAGAGAGAGAACUUGCCCAUCAUUACGUGGCUUCUGUGCAAGUAUUUCAAGGAGAGCAACAUUAACUACGAGAUUAUUGUGAUUGAUGAUGGGUCCCCAGAUGGCACAUUAGAAGUUGCAAAGAAGUUGCAGGAGAUAUAUGGAGAAGACAGAAUUGUUCUGCGGCCAAGAGCGAAGAAGCUAGGUCUUGGAACAGCAUAUAUCCAUGGCAUAAAACAUGCUACAGGAAACUAUGUCAUCAUCAUGGAUGCUGAUUUAUCACACCAUCCCAAGUUCAUCCCUGAGUUCAUCAAGAAGCAGAAGGAGGGCAACUAUGACGUUGUGUCAGGCACGCGGUAUGUGGGGGAUGGGGGUGUGUAUGGAUGGGACCUGAAGCGCAAGAUUAUCAGCCGUGGAGCCAACUACGUUACACAGGUCCUCCUCAGACCUGGGGCAUCAGACCUAACUGGAUCUUUCAGGCUUUAUCGCAAGGAUGUGCUGCAGAAGCUGGUGGAGUCUUGUGUGAGCAAGGGCUAUGUCUUCCAAAUGGAGAUGAUUAUUCGGGCACGGCAAUUUGGUUACACUGUUGGAGAGGUUCCUAUCAGCUUUGUUGACCGCGUGUAUGGCGAGAGAAGCUGGAGGAUCAGAAAUUAUUGUUUUGUCAAAGGACUCCUCUACCUUUUUUUUGCCACAACUUAAGCAGGAUGGUAAUGG